GAAUAUCCGAUAAUAAACAAACAGGAUCACAGAUUUGAUCUGCUGCUUUGUCCUGGGCUUUACGUGGGAACCUCGAGUCUUUUUCUUGAUCAAGCGAAAACAAGGACUGAUUAAACAAUCCAUCUACAAUGAAGACAGUUGUUUUUCUUGUUGGGUUGGUGGUUAGUGUCGCUGGUCAAAGCUAUGUAUAUGUUAACGAGAAACAACGUGACAUAAAAUAUAAUCCUUCUAGUAAUCUGUUUGACCUCAGUUCUUACGUGUACAAACCACCCUCGGAAGUACAUCAACAUAUUGCAGCUCGAGGUUCAACACUAAACGCUAAGACACCUUCGCUAACCGGACCUCAAGUUAGUCAGUCUCAUCAACCACCUCAAAUCCUUCCCGUAAAGUAUUCUGGUAGAACUUUGAUUGAAACUUCACCAGACAUAACAGGCCUUCCAUCAGCUAUAACAGCUGGAGGAGGAUAUUCUUUGGAGGAGCUUUAUGCUUCCUUAGAAAAACGUCCUGACGAAUACCAAAAGAAGCAAGCAGAACGUCUACCUAAUUUUCUUCCUCCCACACAAUCUCAUUUCCAUGAACAGCCCCAGGUUACUAACAGACAGGCACGUUUUACUCAGUCUCAGCAACAGGCUAAAGCCUACCCACAACAAUAUACCAGCAACCAGUACAGGACGACUCAAUAUGCUCAACUCCAGCCACAAUAUAACGUCAAUCCUGAACAGUAUACUAGCAACCAAUAUAAACAGAACCAGCCUUAUCAACACCAGCAAAAGUCUAACAUAUAUACUCAACAAUAUACUAGCAACCAAUAUAAGCAGAACCAGCCCUAUCAACUCCAGCCACAAUCUAACAUCAAUCCUGAACAAUAUACUAGCAACCAAUAUAAACAGAACCAGCCUUAUCAACACCAACAACAGCCUAACAUCUACCCUAAACAAUAUACCAGCGGCCAAUAUAAACAGAAUCAGCCAGUUCACCACCAGCAACAGCCUAACAUAAAUCCUCAACAGUAUAAUAGUAACCAAUAUAAACACAAUCAGUUUGGUCAACACCAGCAACAGCCUAACUUCAAUCCUCAACAAUAUACUAGCAACCAGUAUAAACAGAAUCAGUCUUAUCAACACCAGCAACAGUCUAACAUACAUCCUCAACAAUAUACUAGCAAUCAGUAUAAACAGAAUCAGCCUGAACAACACCAGCAACAACCUAACAUCUACCCACAACAAUAUACCAGAAAUCAAUACACACAAACUCAUUCUCAAUCGCAGCAACGCACGUACAAUAAUGAAGACUACAAACGUACUCCAAACUUCAUUUCCCAAGGUCGCCUUCAGUCAUCCAUACUUCAAACAUCUCAAGAUUUGCCACAACCCAGUUCACAUGAUAACUACCCGACAAGUGCCAUAUCUUCCGAUCAGUUGCAAUUCUUUGGCCUUCCCGCCUUCAUACUAAAUGGCAAAGAAGAUAAAUCUUUAGAAGAGUUGUAUGCUGAGUUCGAAAGUAUGGAUUUGGAGGCAGAAAAACAACAACAUAAAGUUAAGCAGAUUAGGCCACAAAUACGAGGUGGUCAGCAAACUGAGUAUCCUCAGGUUUCUCGAAAAGAACCAGACGCUGAACAAAAUCAUUAUACUCCUCAAAACUCACCUCGAGGAAAUGAGCAAAUUAGUUAUACAUCAGUCUUUCAGGACCAGUUUCAAGACACAGCGAAGGGGAACAGUUCACCAAUUAGUCCACAAUCAACCAAAAGGCAAGGACAAUCACAAAGAAGAAGAAGAAUACGUCAAAAACGGCGUAAAAUACAUGAAAAACAUAAUACUGCUGAAGAACCCGAAGAUGUUAGUCGUCUCAUGGUCCCAAUUCCAGUAAAACCUCUAAAAGAUAAUUCACAGCAUUCAUCCGAAGUGAGUCGCAACUAUGUAGACUUAUCUGUGGAUUCGCUUCCUCAGGAUCCGGAUGGAGAUGGAAUUCCUGGAGAAGCGGGAGUGAAUUAUCCCACGCUGAACUCUGUACCACAGACGUCGUUUUCUUGUCGGCAGCAGCCGCUUAAUGGAUAUUAUGCAGAUUUAGAAACAUCAUGCCAGGUGAUGCAUCUAUGCCAAGCCGGCGGAGUUCAGGACAGUUUUCUCUGUCCAAAUGGAACGAUCUUUAAUCAGGAAAUAUUCUCUUGUCAAUGGUGGUACAAGGUGGACUGUGCGAAAUCGGUUAGCUUCUAUAACCUAAAUGAAGCGCUGUACAAGGUUCCGAAGCCAGCUAAAGAAUGAAGGUGGAGACACUGAAAAUUUGUUGUUUUAACUGAUUUAGUUUCAUGCCGAAACAGGACUAGCCUUCUCAAACGAACCUGUCGUUCAAUGUAUAAUGUCACUAUAAUUUGCCCUUUCAGGAGAUUUAUUUACUGAAUAAAAACUGUAGUUAAGAUAGGAGAACUUGUAAA